AAUCUUUGACGCUGAAGCUUCAAGUUGCAAACACCUGCCAAGAAACCUAAAUGUUUCUGUAAAGAGAAGUCAACCAAAAUCCCUCCUGAGAUGUGUGCAGAUGUGGUGACCAGCUAUAAGAAACGCUUUAUCUCCUUGCUUAGCAACACCACCAGGUCCACAAAGACACCGCGCACGUGUUCUUCUAAUCUUCUCUCUACUGCUCCAACAACCCUCUCAAAGCAAACAUUAUUGUAACGCUCGGCUGCUGCUCACUGAUCGUCACCACAACUUCUCCCAGCAGCAGGGGGCAGCAAUGAUGUAACAGUGGCUACUGUCUGCCGGAAAUCAAAAGCUGUAGAAGAAGAACGCAGCCAUCUCCCGUAAAUGUGCUAACUUACGCGGAAGCAGCAGAGUGUGCUAACUGGUUGCAUUAAUUCUACAAACAGGCACAUUUACCUGCUCUAAAAGGAUCUGAAGGUCAUGUCUUGAAGAAAUCCAUCCACCAAAGAACUGUGUCAGACCUGAAAGAUACAUCUGGACCUUCAGGUGAUCUAUGUACUGUUCACUGAAGGUUCAACAGAAAUGGUCUCAGUGGAAGGAUGGCUGUAAGAAGCCAUUCUUAUACAGGGGGAAAGAGAAAGGGGAGAAAGAGUUUGAGGUAUGUCAAAUUACACAAGGACUGGAUUAAAAAUCAGUAGCAACAGGUCUUCUGGAGCGAGGAAUCCAAAUUUGAAGUUUUUGGUUGAAAGGAGGAUGUCACAGUCCAUCAACAGUAAGUGUCUGUAGCCAUCUGUAAAACAUAGUGGAGGCUCUGUCAUGGUUUGCAGCUGUAUUUCAGCCAGUGGUGUUGGCUGGAGUUCUUUGAAAAAUUUGUGAAAUGAUAAACACAGAAAAUAACGUAAAAUCAGAAAACAGCUGAUUGUUAGCGGCUUCAUUUUUGAGCAUGACACUGAUAACAAACACACUGCCAAUGCAGUAAAAACAUACCUGGACAGAAAAACACACUGGCCUCUCCAGAGCCUGGACUUCAACAUUAUUGAAGAAGUAUGGGAUCAUCUUCACAGAGAAUGGAAUAAAUAGCAGCCAACAUCCAAAGAAGAGCUUUGAAUGUCCUUCAAGAAGCCUAGAGAACUAUUCCUGAAGACUACUUUAAGAAAACAUCCCUCAGAGAGUUCAGACUGUGUUCAAGGAUCAAGUUGGUCAUAUCAAAUAUUGACUUUCAAGGUCAUUAGAAUUCUACAGACAUUUUUGCCUUGUAUACGGUUUUGAAAUUUCCAUUUAGGUUGGCACAUAUUUCCUAUUUUCCAAGGAAAAAUAUAAAGACAUUUUUUAAAAGGUUUUGCAAAAUACAUUUUUUAGUACACACAGAAUUGCAUGCUAGCUUAAUCCACAUAAAACAAAACAAAAAGGUUAAAGGCAUAGAAAAGAUUGUUUUUGAAGUAAAUUUUUUUCCCACAGUAUGCUUAUAAUCUCACUUUAAAGAGAACAGAUCUGUAAUCACUGAAAUGGUUGGACAUUCAUUACACUGUGUUUUUAAAGUUUUCAGGCUUGGAUCCGAAGUCCUGUGCCAUUUUUUUUUUUCCUUGAGCCCAUCAUUUACUUCUAUCACGGCUUCAUCCCUUCUUUAAAGCUUUAUUCUUGUGUAAAUUAAGGAAUUGUCUGCGGAUGGACUAAGUUUUGGAUUGGGACUAGGAAUAUGAUUAAGGACCACUUCCACAGCUAUUUGUGAAAGCAAGAAGUGAUCUCUAAAAGUCUGCAGGUGCCCCCCUUCUUUUGUGUCAGCAGUGUCGCCUACUCAGCCAACAUGUCUGAUGGUCGGAUCUAUGUGGGGAAUCUUCCCAUGGAUGUCCAGGAGAGAGACAUUGAGGAUCUCUUCUACAAAUAUGGAAAAAUUCGUGAAAUAGAAUUGAAGAACAAUAGAGGCACUAUCCCUUUUGCCUUCGUCCGAUUUGAAGACCCACGGGAUGCAGAUGAUGCGGUCUAUGGAAGGAAUGGAUAUGGAUAUGGGGACUCCAAGCUGCGUGUGGAGUAUCCCCGUUCUAAACCUGGCCCAAUGGGAGGUGGUGGAGGAGCACCUAGAGGAAGGUUUGGACCCCCAACUCGAAGAUCUGAAUUCCGGGUCAUAGUGUCUGGACUGCCACCAUCUGGAAGCUGGCAGGAUCUGAAGGAUCACAUGCGGGAAGCAGGAGAUGUCUGUUUUGCAGAUGUGCAGCGUGACGGAGAGGGUGUAGUGGAAUUUCUCCGUAGAGAGGACAUGGAGUAUGCACUGCGUAGACUGGAUGGGACAGAGUUCCGUUCACAUCAGGGGGAGACGGCUUAUAUCCGUGUGUAUGAGGAAAGAGGUACUCCCAACUGGGAUCGAUCACGAUCCCGUUCCAGAUCCAGAGGUCGCUAUUCUCCUUACUAUAACAGAAGAUCUCCCCCUGCGCGCUACCAGUCGCCCCCACGCCAUGCUAUGUCACGGCAUAGCCCACCUCCGAGAAGACACCUUCCGCCACACCACAGCCCACCACCUCGUCAUUAUCGGUAGAAAGUCGCAUCAUUUAGAGGAAUUGGAUGAUUAUUUUUUGUGGUUUGUUUUUGUAAUUCUACAUUUUAUUUUUUUUGUUUUUGUUUUGUUUUUUAAAAACCUCAGGCCUCCUCAUAGCACACACCAUUUUUAUUUCUUGAUUAAAAACAUUCCAUGGUCAGGAACCCCUGAACAACCUGCUCCUCCCCACAGUCUUGUUUUUAGGGGGAGUUUUUUUGUUUGUUAAACACCCAUACGUUAUCCGGAAACAGAAUUAUGUGUUAACUUUUUGUGAGAUAACCAUUUGACCAUUAUGUAACAUAUUGGAGGUUUCUUUUAUAAAGAAAUUCGGGAGUGCGAUGUCAAACAUUUAAAACAAAGUACACAUUUCUGCAGUCCUGCUUCUUGAAUUGACGUAAUUUUAUUUUUCAUGUGUCACAUCUUAGUAGCUUUAAGUAUGAAAGGGUGCGUUUUCUGUUUGGCCAAACCAAGAACCCAUAAAACUAAUCAGUAUAGUAAAAUUAGUGAACCCUUUUAGUGUAACACGUUGACUGUGAGACUUAAUUGUCCUUUGGGGUUGUUUUCGGGUUUUUCUUUGUACGUGUAGGCCGCUGACCGAGGUGGUCUAAAUGUAGAUUAUAAUUUGUAUGCAUCUCUAUCGUUUUUGGGUUUUUUUUCUUUACCAAUAAAAUGCAAACUUUUACUGUGA